AUGGUUCGAAAAUAUAAACCUCGUGUAAUACCAGAACAGGACCGCAGAAUCUGCGGCACCAUAUGCCUGUGCCAAUUAACAUUAGUUCUAAGCAGUGUGUCCUUAGUUUAUUUAUCUGUCGCAAUCUACAUGCCCUCUCAUCGGGCGUUCAAUUCGGGCUUCGAGCCGGACCCCGUGAUGUGUCAGACCCACAACGCUACGAUGGCGCUGAGUCAGUGCACGUGGGCCAGCUGCGGAGAGUGGUGCCUGACCAAAACUUCCGGAUUUUGUCCGCAGCUUCAUGCGAUCGUUAGAAGAAAUGGUACGGAACUGGUCAUGGAAAAUUGCACGAGGAUAACACUCGUCUCUUGUCCGCAGGUGGACACUGGAGCCCUAAAAAGGUACAAUUGCAACAACGGUUCGGAAUGCGCUUCCUUGCAUGGUGUCUUUAAUUGUUCUCUUGGACACUGCGCCAACUUAUCUGAAUUAUAUUUAUGUCACCAUAAGGCAGAUGGAAUUGUAGUCGACAGCGAAAAGGACAACAUGAAAUUAAACGGAUUUUUCGAAUGUGUAGGUUCACGUUGCGUUAAAAUCAAAAGGCCUUUUCAUUGCGAUCGCUAUUGUCCCAGGAUAUCAACAUUUUCCCAAAACACAUUCUUGAUGUUCGAAGAUAAUUUAUACAGUGCCGAAUGUUCUCGAGCGAUUGCAUUAAGUGAGUCGAAUGGACCAGAUCCUGGAGGUCCUAUAGAACCCACCGAGAUAUGGAACGAUACGUCUGGAAGUGGAGCAUUGUUGGCUUCUUGUCAUUCCAUAACGAGAACUGUUAAUCAACUCAGAGGAAGCGAUUGUUUAAAUGGGACCCUGCUCGAACCGUCAUUAAUCGGACGCCCUACUAUAAAUUUCACGACGUUUUGGAGUUUAUAUAACAAUAGUCGUAUUGAAGUAGAUCCAGAUCAUAGAUUUUUACCAAAGCAGAGUGCCCUAACCAUAUAUCAAUCGAAAAAAAUACUUAUUAAUUUAGAAGGCUGUGUUAACACUCUACGAGGUGAAUGCUUGGAAUUUUUGGCAUCACAUGGAAGUGAUGGAGACAACCAGACAGCUCAGUCUAGAUAUCCAUGCUAUUACAACAAGAAUCCGAAUGUAACGUAUGUUGUAGCUCGUUUUGACCUAGAUAAAACAUGGAGGUAUUUGAUGAUAGCUGUUGUGGUUCCCACAGUUUUGUUUGUGAUAUCUUUUACUACUCUCUGCAUAAUUACUAAUUCAGUGAAGGUGGGAGACGAUGCAAAAAUGCGUUGCCGUUGUUGUAGAGAUACGACAGGUGCCGAAGAGUCUCCACCGGAAGAUUUAGAUAUCGGAUUGGGAAUUCAACAAGAAACUUCCAAUGCUAAAGAAUUACCAGAAGAAGAAUCAGAAGAAGAAGAAGGUGCUGUCGGUGGAGUUGUUGAACCAAGAAAUGGUUCUAAGAUAUUAGAAGAAGAUAUGGAUUUGCAAGGUAUAGUUGCUGUCAUGCCAUUAUCACCAAGCACUGAAACUAGUGAAGGCAUUGGCGGAGAUGACAGACCUUUGGUGAAAGUUAAAGACAAGUAA